AUGAACAACAAAUGUGACUUCACAAGGGGAAUCUCAAGCAACAUUUAUAGGUUAGGAGAUAUAAUAAUUGGUGGAGCCCUGUCUUUUGUACAGCCUAAUAUUGGUUUGAGGGAAUUUAAUGAACCUCCAAAAGUAUUUCCAGGUCGUUUUAGUUGUAUGAAAAAGCAAUGUUACGCCUGGAAUCACUGCAUGGCACCUAAAAACUUCCAGCAAGCCCUGGCCUUGAUAUUUGCCAUUGAUGAGAUUAAUAAAAAUCCUAGACUCUUGCCCAAUGUCACUUUAGGAUUCUGUAUCUAUGAUAGCCAAUUUAUUGCAAGUUGCACUUAUGAGGCCAUUGUGGAUAUGUUGUUUGCUAAGCAAAAGAGAACUCUCAAUUUUAAAUGUCACAGAAAAAAGGAUGUGUUGACUGUCAUCGGGGGGUACACUGUUGAAACCAUCUUGCAGAUGUCCACUAUCCUGACUAUUUACAAGAUUCCACAGCUCCACUCUUUCCUAAAAAACGUCCACUUUAACAACAGUGUAGCAGAAGAAGUCGAGUUUGAAAAUGGGGAGUUGUUGACUGGGUAUGAUAUCGUUAAUUGGGUCACCUUCCCCAAUCAAUCCUUCCUUAAAGUCCAUGUUGGAAAGACAUCACCAAGUGAAGAGUUCACUAUCAAGGAGGAUUCCAUUGUGUGGAAUACCAGAUUUCAGCAGAAAGGAAAUCCAUAUCAAAAUGCAGUCCAUUGUGACAAGUGCCCAGAAGAUCAGUAUUCAAAUAUGAACCGAGAUCAGUGUAUCCCAAAGCUUCAAAUCUUCCUAACCUAUGAAGAACCUCUAGGACUCAUUUUGGUCUCCCUUGCUAUUUUCUUCCCUAUAAUCACAGCAUUAGUCAUAUGUACCUUUCUAAAGAACUGGAGUACUCCUAUCGUCAAAGCCAACAAUCGGAAUCUCACCUGUGUUCUUCUCAGUUCAAUUCUUUUUUGCUACCUUUCUUCCCUGCUAUUCAUUGGGAAGCCUGAAAGGAUAACCUGCCUUCUCCGGCAAAUGGCUUUUGGCAUUAUGUUUAGUGUCUCAGUGUCUUGUAUGUUGGCCAAAACCAUCAUGGUGGUCUUGGCCUUCAUGGCUACAAAGCCUGGCAACAGGGUGAGGAAAUGGUUGGGGAUGAAAAUAGUAAACGCCAUUGUUCUUUCCUGCUCCUUCAUUCAAGUGGGGAUUUGUAUUGCAUGGUUUUGGACCUCUCCUCCUUUCCCAGAGGUUGACAUGCACUCAGAGGCUGGGAAAAUCAUAAUAGGGUGCAAUGAAGGGUCUGUCUCCCUGUUCUACUGUACACUGGGCUACAUUGGCUUUCUUGCCCUCAUCAGCUUCACUGUAGCUUUCCCAGCCAGAAAACUGCCAGAUACUUUUAACGAAGCCAAAUUCAUCACUUUCAGCAUGCUUAUAUUUUGCAGUGUUUGGAUCUCCUUUAUUCCAGCAUACCUGAGCACUAAGGGGAAAAUGACAGUUGCUGUGGAAGUCUUUGCCAUCUUAGCCUCCAACACUGGAAUGCUGGCUUGCAUUUUUCUCCCCAAAUGCUACAUUCUUGUUCUAAGACCUGGCCUCAACUCCAAAAAGCUGCUAACAGAGAAAAGGAAUUAA